AUGGCGCUGGAAGCGGCGAUCUACUCGCAAGACCCCUUUGGUUACCCACCAUUAUUCGAGGACCAGUACUAUGGUUAUAAUGGCUUCCACCAACAACAAGAAGAUGAUCAGGGUGCCAUCAACAGAUCGCCGCCCCUCCUUAUCCUCGACGACAAAAUAAUGUUCAACGAUUCCAUCACCACUACUUCUCCACCAGCGCCUAUGCAGCAGCCGAUUCAUGGAAUUACGAGCAGCUGCUGCUGGGAGGAUUGUUUUUACUACAAUAUUAAUAAUGAUCACCACCACUAUUUUUCCUCCCCCGAGCUCUGCACUACGGCCUGCGGCGGUGCAUUUUUCAACCCGCCACCACAAGAGGAAGAUGUGGUGGCGACGUCCACGUUUGUCGCCCCUGCACGGCGGAAGCGGCGGCGGACCAAGAGCACGAAGAACAAAGAGGAGGUAGAGAGCCAGAGGAUCACUCACAUCGCGGUGGAGCGCAACCGCAGGAAACAGAUGAACGACUACCUCGCCUUGCUUCGCUCUCUCAUGCCCUCUUCCUACGAGCUGGAGCAGCUGCUGCAGGCGAUGGAAGCUCAAAAAGCGGGUAAUCAUCAAAAACAUGCUGAGCACGACGAUGAUGUUCAGGCAGAAUCGGCCAAUAACGGCCUUUUGUCGUCGUCGCCGUUAUUUUCCGAGUUCUUCGCCUUUCCACAGUACUCAACUCAGAACCAGACCCUGCAGGCUCAGCCGCCGGAAGUUUCGGUGGAGCCCGGAGACGGGAUGGCCGACGGUUUGGGUGGUGUACCCAGAGAGACGGCGGUUGGAGAGAUAGAAGUGACGAUGGUGGAGUGUCACGCUAACGUCAAGAUUCUGGUCAGGAAACAACAUAGACAGCUAGUGAAGCUGGUUACUGGGCUGCAAGGCCUCGGGUUCACGAUUCUUCAUCUUAAUGUUACCGCCACCAGUACCUCAGAUCAAAUGCUCUACUCGCUUAGCUUCAAGGUGGAGGAAGGGUGCCGUCUGAUCACGGCGGACGAGAUCGCAGCUGCCGUCAACCAAAUGCUACGGCGGAUUGAAGAAGGAAGUUGCUAUCAAGAAUGCUAG